GUUGCUCCUAUCAGUCGUUCUCUGUCGCUCUUGGAUUGCGUGGGCACAUCGGUCGUUCGGCUUUUAGGUUCGGCAUUUCGGGAUUUGAUAUCGUGAUUCGGCUCGCCGUCGUAUAAACCUAAACCUGCGUCCGUGUGCGUUAGCCGGCCAUUGAGCACUAUCGCUGCCACAGGCAUUUGGCCCACCGUGUGUGUUUACGAGUGUGGCAUAAUCUUCGAUUAGCGCAACCCGACCGAUCGGAUAUACCCCUUGAAAAUAGGAUAUAGUACCGCAGAGUUAACAAAGAAUCAAAACACACAUUGCGCACCCCGAGCACACACACACGUCACAUAAAAAGUAUAAACCUAAGCCCCAGCGGCUGUAAAGUGCCACCAAAAAGUACUUGGCCGUGUAUUUUAUGCAUGAAAAGCUAAAGCAAGUGCAACCAACCGCCGAAGUGACACCCAGAAAAAAUAUAUACAUAUAAGGAGACCCAAAAAACAAACCCGGGAUUACCGCACACUCACACGCUCACGCUCAAACAGAAACAGAAAAAAUACGCGAAGCCAAAGGAAGUCAGCAGCAGAAUCAUGUCACGGAUCGUUUUCAUAUGUCUCGCAGCCAUCUUAACAGAUGCACUCACCUGGGCCCAGGUGAACGUGGAACCCAACACAGCGCUCCUCAACGAAGGCGAUCGCACUGAGCUGCUCUGCCGCUACGGCAGAUCCAUCAACUACUGCCGCAUCGAGAUUCCCGGCGAGCAGAAGGUCCUCAACCUGUCGCCGGAGUGGAGCAAGACCCCCGGAUUCACGUACUUCGGAGCGGGUCUUACGGCCGGACAGUGCGGCGUCAGCAUCGAGAGGGUCAAGGCCAGCAACAAUGGCCAGGUCAAGUGCAGUCUGGGCGUCGAGGGAGAGGAGCUGUCGGGCAUCAUCGACCUGGUCGUGGCAUUGCGUCCGCAGCAGCCCAUCAUCGAGCUGCUGUCGCGGCCAAAUCGCGAGGGCUACUUCAACGAGGGAACUGAGUUCAGGGCCCGGUGCAGCGUUCGCGAUGGUCGUCCGCCGGCGAACAUCUCGUGGUACAUCGACAACAUGCCGGCCAACAAGCGCACCACUCAACUGAACGUCAUUUCCUCGACCAACGACAACGUGGAGCUAUCGACCUCCGUGCAGGAAAUCCAGUGGCACCUGUCGCCCGAGGACAGCAACCGGAAACUGGUCUGCCGCUCCCACCACCAAACCGAUCGCGAGAGUGUGCCGCCCCAGGAGGCUGCCUACAUCAUCAACGUGCGCUAUGCGCCCGUCCACCAGCCAGACGCCGCCGUGUACGGACUCUACCUCGAGCACACCGCCAUUGUGAACAUAACCAUCCGUGCCAGUCCGCAGCCCAAGAUCGAGUGGACCAUCGAUGGAGCCAUCGUGGGGCAGGGACGCACCGAUGGACGCUACUCGGCGUAUGAGCCGCAGUAUCUGGGCAACGAUGAGUACAACGUGACACUGGCCAUUGCCGGUCUGACCCUGGAAGAUACCACCAAAAUCUACAACCUGAGGGCCAGCAACGAACUGGGACUGACGGACUACCAGGUGCGCAUCAGUUCGUCCAGCAAACCGCCCAGCAGCAGCCUCGAUGUGGCCGCAAUCGUUGGCAUUGUGGUCGCCGUUGCCGUUUUGGUCCUGGUCGUUUUGCUGAUUGUGUUUGCACGGGCUACGGGCCGAUGGUGUUUUGGCGGCAAAUCAAUCAAGACGCCCACAAACGAAACUCUGAUCGAUAAGCAACUGGAGUUGGGAACCCAGCAGAAUCACGGUCAAAACGUAGCGCUCUUGGAAACCCCCAACGGCAUAACCUUGUUGGGAGCUAGUAAGCUGCGAGAGGUCAAUGGAAAUGGCCAGCAGGAUCGGUUGUCGGUUGAAAGACGCCAUCACGACGAAGACGAUAGCUUUGAAUACGGAACGGAUCGGGAGAGCAGUGUCUAUAACCCCACCACGCGACCUCUGAAGAGCAUUCUGAUGAGCCAGGCGGCAGGACGCAACUCCCGGAGCUCUGCCAGCGAUAAGGAGGAUGGCAACGAGAACGCCGAUCUACUGCAGAAGGGAAACCAACUGGGGAUUCCCGAGUCGCGCUUCUCGCGAUGGCUGCCCAAGGAUCAACGUGCGCUGAUCGAGAAGCAGGCAAUGUUGCUUUCCGGAAGGGGCAAGUCGCCGGCGCCUGCCACGCCCCCCAAGCCCCAGAGACCCCAAGUCGGAGGCACACAUACCACUAACUCUACCACAACGACGACGACUCCGACGACAACACCGACGACGCCAAAGUUGCCACAGGAAACGGAAAUCUGAGCGCACAAGGCGUUCGUAUUUAUUUAUUUCUUUUUCGGUACAGGAAACGCCCAGCAGGAUUAAGAAUGGAGCAGUUUUGUGACCAUCGGGAACUUUUAGGGGGCAGCCUUAUGUGUCUGGACCAUAUGUCUUAUCAACCGAUAAAACUUUAGUUUAGCAGGCAUAGGCAAACCAUUUCACAACCCACUGCAUAUUAUCAAAAGAGACCUCCAUGAUGUGAAAAGGAUUCAUAUUUUAUACUGUUUGAUAAGUAACUAUAGCAAAGUAUUUCGAUCAUUUCACAACUGGAAUAUGAAUAUGAAAACCUUUUCCUAUAAUAACUGGACUUAAUAAAUAAGUACUAGGCUGAUAUAUUUCCUAACAAAUUUUAUUCGGAUAGAAUUUGGAUGAUUAGUCAAUUCCCAGAUGAAAACCUAUUAAAAUUUAACAAGUUCCGGCGCAAGACUGUCCCCAUAUAAGAUUCUAAGCUUGGCUUUAACUCACGAAAGUCUAUUUCCCUAAACAACAAAAAACAAACGAAACAUUAAGCCUACAAUAAAUUAUCGAAACUGAUUUAUUUUAUAGAGAUUAAGCCGGCAUGAAGUUAAGUUUUUAUCGAAUACAUUUAAACGAAAGAGUUUGCAUGGCAAGCAUGAAGCAAAAAAAAAUUGUUUUACGCAAAUAUUUAUUGUAGUCAUUGUAGAACAAAGUCGUCAAAUGAGUGUUCAACUAAGACUCGCACAAUUUACUCUAAGAACAGAAAGAAGCUUCCACUAAUUUUCGAUCCUUUUAGUUGGUUACAGUUCAAGUGCCUAAAACUAAACCUAAAUUUAGUAAUUUAAAAAGCGAACGAUAUAAAAUAGUUUAAAACUUUUAUACGUGUGGUUUUUCUUAUUUUUUUUACAAAACGUAUGUUUAAUAUUUAAUUAAGAAGAAUAAAUAUUGUUAAAAGUGCGAUAGCUUCCUGUUUUGGAUUUAUUUAUUUUGCGAAUGCCUGAAUAUGUAUGCGUGUGUGAAGGGCGAGUUUUGAAUAAAAGGGAAUUAUGUAAAGUUCACCGGGCCCUGAAAGGAAAUUGCUAACAAUGCGGCGUAUCAAAGAGGAAAUCCCCGUACAAUAUUCCAUUUUCCAUAACAAAAGCAAUAUCAUUAAAAUACGAAAGGAGCGUUUCACAAACUAAAGCACGAACACACAGACACGGCACACACGGCUAGCAAAAUGUAUCCAUGAGAUACUUGUUGAGCUGGCCCAGACAGCAGGCAGACAUACAAAUGAGCCAAAAAUAUUUAUAGAAUAUAGAUGAAACUCAUUUUGGCCAAGCGAAAGCAAUUUACUUGACCAGCCCACGCCAAAUGUAGGUUUAAAUGGGGGAUGGAACUGGUUAAAGGGUCCAUAAAGGGUCAAACUCGGAUUAAAUUUCCCAUAUGCCAUUUCGUACGGGCAUUAGGUGUGGCACAGAGCAUAAAUUCUAGGUUAUUAAAAUAUUAGACAUUUAAGAACUUUUGUAGCGACACAUUAAGCAGCGAAUUAUUAGUCCUAGGACUUUGAUUUUGAACAUCGCUUAAGCACAAAUACAAAUUGUGAGCCACAAAAACAAAUUAACAGGGAUACAAAUAUUUUAAAGCCUGUGCAAGUUAGUUCAGUUAUAUGGACUGUUUUCCAGGUUUUUACAUAAGUAAAAUGAGAUUUUAACCUUUCCACCCGAAUACUUGCUUUCCUAACACAAUUUGGGUUUUAAUGGUCCACACACGAACAACAAUAACAAUUACGUCAUAACCAAAACACAAGUUCUUAAACCCACUAACAACCACCAGAUAAGGUUAGCUCCAAAAAGGCAGAAAGUUGCCGAGAAAGGACUUUAAACCACACGACUAACCCCAAACACUACAAUGGCUAUCUUUUGUUGACUUAUUUUUUACGGGAAGAAAUUCGCACAGCAGCGCACAGUAAUAAGUAUAAUAAAAAUAAACAGAAACAUAAACUUUCAUACCAAAACAAAAUCAUG